CAUAUAACUUUAUGUACAACCCUAAACUCCAUCUUUUUCUUUCACUUUCAUACCCAACGAUACAAAAAAGGAGCAGUUCAGUCUCUCCAACUCUCAUCCCCACAAAGCAGUUUUACACAGGGAAACAUGAGGCCUAAAUCCCAAGCCCUCAACCUUAGGCUCCUUCUCCUUGGCAUCUUCUUUUCCUUUGUCCUUCUGUUUGCAUUAAGAUCAAGCUUAUCAUCUCCCCAGGAAGACCUGUCUCCCAUAUCACCAACUUCUUUACCAAAGGUUUCAAAUACCAUAAAAGAAGGAAAGGCAGCAAACUGCUCACCAACUUGCACCAAGAUCCCAACCUCAUUAGCUCAAGCCCUCAUUCACUACACAACCUCAACCAUUACCCCGCAACAAACUCUCAAAGAAAUCUCAGUGACAUCCAAAAUUCUAGUGAAUAAGUCCCCAUGCAACUUCUUAGUUUUUGGCCUAGGUCAUGACAGCCUCAUGUGGAGGGAACUCAACCAUGGUGGACGUACAAUUUUCCUAGAAGAAGAUGAGGCAUGGAUUGAGCAAAUCAGACAGCGUUUCCCCAAGUUAGAAUCCUAUCAUGUCAUGUAUGAUAGCAAAGUGAACCAGGCUGAUAAUCUCAUGGAGGUUGGCAAAGGGCCAGAGUGCAUAGGGGUUGGUGAUAUAAGACACUCUACAUGCCAACUUGCCCUGAAGGGUUUGCCUAAUGAGGUUUAUGACAUAAAAUGGGAUUUAAUUAUGGUUGAUGCUCCAACAGGUUACUAUGAGGAGGCACCUGGGAGGAUGGCUGCCAUAUAUACAGCAGGGAUGAUGGCGAGGAAUAGAAAAGAUGGAGAGACUGAUGUAUUUGUGCAUGAUGUGAAUAGGGUGGUGGAGGAUAAGUUUUCCAGAGCAUUCUUGUGUGAUGGGUACAUGAGAAAACAAACAGGGAGGUUAAGGCACUUCAGAAUUCCAAGUCACAGGGAUGGCUCAGCCAAGCCCUUCUGCCCUUUGUAAUUUUUUGCUGCUCAUCUGUUUUUGCCCAUGUAAGGGAAGUUGAGUAAUUUUUUUUUCAGGCGAAAUGAUCUAAUGAGCAAUGAGUUGUGGAGAUUUAUAUGCUCUACUCAAUCGAAAGGUAGAGCAACAGAAAUAUUGUUGAACCUCAACAACAGUCAGAAUGGAAUGCAAUAAAAAAGGAAAACUUCUUUUAUAGGAGUGCAACAUGAAAUGAAAUUAAUAUCCAUUCGGGUUUCCAAUUUCUUA